AUGUUCACCAACGUCGACCCCUCGGUUCGCCGCAUCGUCCCCGAUGCCAAGGGCCGCACCGUCGUCAAGGUUGUCUACGUCGUCCUCGAGUCCCAGUACCAGUCCGCGCUCUCCGCCGCGGUCAACUCCCUCAACGCUAACAACCCCAAGGUGUGCUUCGAGGUGUCCGGCUACCUCCUCGAGGAGCUCCGCGACGCCAAGAACCUCGCCAUGAUGAAGGAGGACGUCGAGAACGCCAACAUCUUCAUCGGCUCGCUCAUCUUCAUCGAGGAGCUCGCCGAGAAGAUCGUCGAGGUGGUCCAGCCCCUCCGCGAGAAGCUCGACGCGUGCCUCAUCUUCCCCUCGAUGCCCGCGGUGAUGAGGCUCAACAAGCUCGGCACCUUCUCCAUGGCGCAGCUCGGCCAGUCCAAGUCUGCCAUCGCGUCCUUCAUGAAGAAGAAGAAGGAGUCCGGCGGCUUCGAGGAGGGCAUGCUCAAGCUCGUGCGCACCCUCCCCAAGGUGCUCAAGUACCUACCCUCCGACAAGGCCCAGGACGCCCGCAACUUCAUGAACUCCCUGCAGUACUGGCUCGGCGGCAGCUCGGACAACCUCGAGAACUUCCUCCUCAUGAUCUCCAAGGCGUACGUUCCCGCGCUCAAGGACAUGGAGAUGGAGAUUGCCGAGCCCGAGACGUUCCCCGACAUCGGCAUCUGGCACCCCACCGCGCCCACCAUGUACGAGGACCUCAAGGAGUACCUCAACUGGUACGACACCCGCAAGGACAUGACCUUCGCCAAGGAUGCCCCCGUCGUCGGCCUCGUCCUCCAGCGCUCGCACCUCGUCACCGGCGACGAGGGCCACUACGCGGGCAUGGUGAUGGAGCUCGAGUCCCGCGGCGCCAAGGUGGUGCCCGUGUUCGCGGGCGGCCUCGACUUCUCCGUCCCGGUCGAGCGCUUCUUCUUCGACCCCAUCACCAAGGGUGCCUUUGUCGACACCGUCCUGUCCCUCACCGGCUUCGCGCUCGUCGGCGGUCCCGCUCGCCAGGACCACCCCAAGGCUAUCGACUCCCUCAAGAAGCUCAACGUGCCCUACAUGGUGACCGUGCCCCUGUCCUUCCAGACCACCGAAGAGUGGACCGAUUCCACCCUCGGCCUUCACCCCGUGCAGGUUGCGCUCCAGGUUGCGCUUCCCGAGCUCGACGGCGGCCUCGAGCCCAUCAUCUUCUCCGGCCGCGACUCCAAGACUGGCAAGUCGCACUCCCUCCAGGAUCGCGCCUCACAGAUCGCCGCGCGCGCCAUGAAGUGGGCCAACCUCCGCAAGAAGAAGAACGUGGAUAAGAAGCUAGCCAUCACCGUCUUCUCCUUCCCCCCUGACAAGGGCAACGUCGGCACCGCCGCGUACCUCAACGUGUUUGGCUCCAUCUACCGCGUGCUCCAGGGCCUCAAGAAGGAGGGCUACAACGUCGGUAACCUGCCCAAGACCGAGGAGGACCUCAUCAACUCCGUCCUCAACGACAAGGAGGCCAAGUUCGCCUCGCCCGACAUGAACAUCGAGUACAAGAUGUCCGUCAAGGAGUACGAGAAGCUCUGCAUCUACCAGGAGGACCUUCACGAGAACUGGGGCCCUCCCCCCGGCAACCUCAACUCCGACGGCCAGAACCUCCUCGUGUACGGCAAGAAGUUCGGCAACGUCUUCAUCGGCGUCCAGCCCACUUUUGGCUACGAGGGCGAUCCCAUGCGCCUCCUCUUCUCCAAGUCCGCCUCGCCCCACCACGGUUUCGCGGCGUACUACACCUACAUCGAGGAGGUUUUCGGUGCCGACGCCGUGCUCCACUUUGGCACCCACGGCUCCCUGGAGUUCAUGCCCGGUAAGCAGGUUGGCAUGUCCGGCGAUUGCUACCCCGAUCACCUCAUCGGCAGCACCCCGAACAUCUACUACUACGCCGCCAACAACCCUUCCGAGGCUACCAUCGCCAAGCGCCGCUCCUACGCCAACACGAUCUCCUACCUGACCCCGCCCGCCGAGAACGCCGGUCUGUACAAGGGUCUCAAGGAGCUCAAGGAGCUCAUCGCGUCUUACCAGGGCCUGAAGGACUCCGGCCGCGGCGCGUCCAUCGUCAACUCCAUCGUCACCACCGCGAUCCAGUGCAACCUCGACAAGGACAUUAAGGAGCUCCCCACCGAGGAGGAGGACGCCAAGGAUUUCGACCAGGACAAGCGCGACAUGAUCGUCGGUAAGGUUUACCAGAAGCUGAUGGAGAUCGAGUCCCGCCUCCUCCCCUGCGGCCUCCACGUCGUCGGCUGCCCCCCCUCCGCGGAGGAGGCUGUCGCCACCCUCGUCAACAUCGCCGGCAUCGACCGCGAGGAUGAGGAGAUUCUCGCGCUUCCCCAGCUCCUCGCCCAAUCCGUCGGCGACGACAUCGAGCGCAUCUACCGCGCCAACGACGAGGGCAAGCUCGCCGAGGUGCAGCUCCUUCAGGACAUCACCGAGGCGUCCCGCGCGAUGAUCCGCACCUUUGUCUCCCGCGCGUCCGACCCCUCGGGCCGCCUCGCCGCCAACGCACUCGGCGCCCUCGGCAACAUGUUCGGCGGCGCCGCCGUCGCGGUGCCCUGGGGCGAGUCCCUCAAGUCCACCAAGUUCAAGGACAUCGACGUCGUCGCCACUCGCAAGCUCUUCGACUACCUCCGCUUCUGCCUCGAGCAGAUCGUCAAGGAUAACGAGCUCGGCGCCCUCGUCGAGGCUCUCGACGGCCAGUACGUCCUCCCCGGCCCCGGCGGUGACCCCAUCCGCAACCCCAAGGUUCUCCCCACCGGCAAGAACAUCCACGCGCUCGACCCCCAGGCGAUCCCCACCUCCGCCGCGCUCGCCUCCGCCAAGGUUGUUGUCGAUCGCCUCAUCGAGCGCCAGCGCGUCGAGAACAACGGAGUCUACCCUGAGUCCAUCGCGCUCGUGCUCUGGGGUACCGACAACAUCAAGACCUACGGCGAGUCCCUCGCGCAGGUGAUGCUCAUGGUCGGCGUCCGCCCCAUGCCCGACGCCCUCGGCCGCGUGAACAAGCUCGAGCUCAUCUCCCUCGAGGAGCUCGGCCGCCCCCGCAUCGACGUCGUCGUCAACUGCUCCGGUGUCUUCCGCGACCUCUUCGUCAACCAGAUGAACCUUCUCGACCGCGCUGUCAAGCUCGCCGCCGAGCAGGACGAGCCCCACGAGAUGAACUUCGUGCGCAAGCACGCCGUCGAGCAGGCUGAGGAGCUCGGCCUCUCCAUCCGCGAGGCUGCCACCCGCAUCUUCUCCAACGCGUCCGGUUCCUACUCUUCCAACGUGAACCUCGCCGUCGAGAACUCCUCGUGGAACGAUGAGUCCCAGCUCCAGGAUAUGUACCUCAACCGCAAGUCCUUCGCGUUCAACUCGGACACCCCCGGCGCGGGCAUGGAGACCAAGACCGACAUCUUCAAGUCUGCCCUCUCCAAGGUUGACGUCACCUUCCAGAACCUCGACUCGUCCGAGAUUUCCCUCACCGACGUGUCGCACUACUUUGACUCUGACCCCACCAAGCUUGUCGCCGGCGUGCGCAAGGAUGGUAAGAUGCCCUCGUCCUUCAUCGCGGACACCACCACCGCGAACGCCCAGGUGCGCUCUCUCUCCGAGACUGUGCGCCUGGACUCCCGCACCAAGCUGCUCAACCCCAAGUGGUACGAGGGCAUGCUCGCUUCGGGCUACGAGGGCACGCGCGAGAUUCAGAAGCGCCUCAACAACACCCUCGGCUGGUCCGCCACCUCCGGUCAGGUGGACAACUGGGUGUACGAGGAUGCCAACGACGUGUACAUGAAGGAUCCCGAGAUGCAGAAGAGGCUUAUGGAGUCCAACCCCAACUCCUUCCGCAAGAUGGUUGCCAACUUCCUGGAGGCGAACGGGCGCGGUUACUGGGAGACUUCGGAGGAGAACAUCGAGCGCCUUCGCAACCUCUACAUGGAGGUCGAGGACCGCAUCGAGGGUGUCGAGAACUAAAUUGGUUCUCCACGGCACCCGGGUUCUUCGCCCGGUCACAUUUUUGCAGCAUCGCGUAGCCAAAUUGGACGUCACACAUGAACUGCCAUUCUUUCAAUACCCUCGUGCUCCGAGCCACAUCAAGCCAGGCGGGGGGCGACUUUUAAUAGUCCGCAGCCCGGCGUAGCACGGGGAGGGAUAUUCUGUGUGCUUGUGUACACUCUUUUCAAAAACAUUGCAACUUUUAAUUUCAAACCAAAAAACUUACCAAAUG